AUGCCGAGCCUCGAAGCAAACGGAACGGCCUUCCUUCAGGCUGCGGAGAAGCAGACCUUCAUCAACCCACCUCGCGUCCUCAUCAUCGGGGCAGGAAGUCGCGGCACAGCCUAUGCUGAAGCCACACUAUCUUCCACGAAUUCCAUCCUUGCAGCGGUAUGUGAGCCUAGCGACUACAAGCGUGUCGAGCUCGGUCGCAAAUUUAUCUGGGGCAAGGAUGAGGACGCCAAGGAUCAUCAAGCAUUUUACGGUUGGCAAGAAUGGAAAGAGUAUGAGAUAAAGAGAAGGGAGCACGAAAAGGCUGGUCAUGAGGUAGAAAAGGGCGUCGAUGCAGUCUUCGUCUGCGUACUGGAUGAGAUGCAUGAGGAAGUCGUCUGUGGCAUCGCGGAUAUGGGAGUGCAUAUCUCUUGCGAGAAGCCGAUGAGUACGAGGUUAGAUAGUUGCAUGAGGAUGUACAGGGCGCUCAGAGCCCCCAAUUCCGGGAACGAAGCCAAAGAGACAAUCUUCGGUAUCUGUCAUGUGUUGCGGUACUCGCCGCACAACAUGUUGUUGAGACAUCUGGUCCUGGAGAAGGAUGUCAUUGGUGAUGUGCUUAGCAUUGAGCAUGUCGAGCCGGUUGGCUGGUGGCAUUUUUCACACAGCUAUGUGAGAGGUAACUGGAGGAAAGAGUCCAAGACAGCGCCAUCGCUUCUUACGAAGUCCUGCCACGACAUUGAUUUCCUUAUGUGGAUGCUCUGUUCACCUAGGCCCGACACCAAGAAUGCGACACCUCACCUUCCCUCGUAUAUCACCUCUACUGGGUCUCGCAAGUUCUUCCGCAAAGAGCGCAAGCCGAAAGCAGCCGGUUCAGCUACGAACUGUCUGUCCUGCGUUUUCGAACCAGAAUGCGACUACAGUGCGAAGAAGAUCUAUCUCGAGAGGCAUCUGAACAACGGCAAUGCGGAUUGGCCAGUGAAGAUUGUGAACCCAGAGAUUGAAGACAUCUACAAGACCACCGGAAAGGAGGCAGCUGAGAAACAGCUUCUCAAUGAUCUGGCUGAAGACUAUAGCGUUGACACUCCUAUCAGUGAAGUUGAACAACGCCCAUGGUUUGGGCGAUGCGUCUGGGAGUCAGAUAAUGAUGUUUGUGAUGACCAAAUGGUCACCAUCACCUGGGAUGAUGACCCGAUUGUAGAGGACGACGAUGGCCUACCUAUACUGCAUGGUCGCGGUGCAAAGACGGCGCAGUUCCACAUGGUCGCUUUCACAGAGAAACAAUGCGAACGGCGAGGUCGAAUCUACGGCACCAAAGGCGAGAUCGAGUACGACAGCAUCAACAUAAAAGUACACAACUUCUCAACCGGGCAAACCAAAACUCAUAGUCCUCAUCUCGCAGGCGGCGGUCACGGUGGCGGUGACGAGGGACUUGCGCGACAAUUUCUGAUGGCGGUUAAUGCCGUGGAUUCUGGCGCCAUGCCCGCGUCAGAGGCUCAGCGACAGUACCUCGGAUGUGACCUUGACGAGGCGUUCCGUAGCCAUGCCAUGGUCUUCGCAGUUCUCCACAGCUCUGGUAGCUUCACAUCCUUCAUCAUGUACAGCCGCCAAACAACACCCCCGACUGCUUCCUUCAACUACGUCCCCGGCAGUGUCGGCUCAGACGUCACAUACUACUCCCAGGCCUCAUCGCCAGAACCUCAAUUUGCUGGUCCUACCCCUCCACGGUCACCAGUUCGACAAUAUGGACCUGUCCUCCUCCCCAAGGUCCGUAUGCAAGAUCAGAUUGCCGAGCCCACCAGUGGUCCCAUCAGACAUCGCAGGACGACGUCUACCUCUUCCAGUAUCGGCUAUGCCUACAGCCCUUACUCACGGCCAGCCUCGAUGGUUCGCCGUGGUUCCAGUCCUUUCAACCACAACAUGCACAACGCCCACAGCACGAUGACUUCACCCGUGUCAACUGCUUCCUCAUACGAUUUCAACCUCUCCACUCUCAACUCUCCUAUCACAUUCCCACAACAGCCCGAGCUUCCACGUCGAUCCUCGUACGUUGGCUCACACUCCCGCUCUACUUCAGCCAACCGAGCCCGCCAUGCUCGCGCUGGCUCUGCUGGAAGCGUCGAUGAGCAGGUCAUCAGCCGGUAUGGCUUCCCCACCUACCGCAACAUGCCUAGUUAUGUCACUGCCUCGAGCGCGCCUCAAUCCAAUUUGAGCCUCGUCACAUCCCUUCCAUCCUCCUAUUCCUCGGUCCAGGAUAUGCCCAGCUUCACUUCCACUUGCACUCAAGACUUUGUUGUCCCAGAGUUCGAGGCCGCGCCGGCUGUGCAGUACCCCUCUUUCACUGAUGUCAGCUUCGACGGCUUCCAGCAAGUUCCUGCUACAUCAUCUCUGGUCGAGUACCUCUCCUCUACCAACCCCUCUCCAUCUCUAGUUCGCCGCGUCACUAGUGCACCACGCGGCAUCAACAACCACUUCUGGUGGGACAUCCGCAACCUUCGCAGCUGGGAAGACUUCAACAUCACCACCAUCAAGUCCAUCCCUUCCGUACUUCCCCUUCUUGAAGUGCCUGUCCCAGCAAACUACCUUCCUCAGCCCUGCCGUCAGAACCUGCAGCCAGAGAACGAGUCGGCGCUCCAAGACAUCUGCACCAACUACUACGCCAACAAGGUCAACGCUGUGCUCAAGGUUGCUCAAGGUAACUCUCACAUGGUCAUGCGCGCCAUCAAGCCCGUCGCCGGCCAACGCCAGCAACCAGAGUUCGUCUCCAACUACCCUUCUGACUACGAGAAGACUCUCUUCGGCGACAGCCGAGGCCGCGUCGUCGGUCUUGUCAAGUGCUACGACCAAUGGAACACCGGCAUGCGCAGCGAGUCACCCCCCAAGCAAGUCCUCUACCUUCAAGGUCUCGCUCACCUCCACCGCGUUAUGCGCGAACACGGCUGCCGCUACGGAUUCAUCAUGACCGAGAUCGAACUACUCUGUGUUCGCUGCGGCGGCCCAUCCUCCUUUUCCACGCCCGACCCCACGACCGUCAACGCACAAGCCGGCGUCCCCAUCUACGGGUACUUGGAGACAUCUGCCCCCAUCCGUCUCUCAACUUCUGGUUCGCACCCCGAGACCGGCGACAUCCAACUCACCGCCGCCCUCGCUCUCUGGUACCUUCACAUGCUCGCCAAAGAGAACCCUUUUGAGGGUAUGGGUACCUGGCGCAUGGACGUCGGCGGUCCUGCCGCGUUGACCAGGCAAAACUUCCUAGAGAAGGAUACUUGGAUUCCUAAGCCACAACUUGGCGAGAAGAGGGAGGCUAAGAGGGUUAGAGGGUGGGUUUUCCCCGAUGAGCCGCUUAGUAAGAGGGAGUGUGGGAAGGGAAAGAGGGGGAAGUCGAUUGGUUAA